AUGUUAACAGGUCCUUCCAAGACAUUGAUGUUAAAAACAAUAUCUGGUGAAUUCAUAUCAUUUCCACCAUUAUCAAGAUCUUACCCUACAAUCACUGAGCUUUCAAGUCAAUUGUCGUUUUUGAAUUUUAAAGAUAAAUCUGGUUUAGAUACUGUUCAUUUAUCAGCUAGGUAUGAAUCUUAUUCAUAUAAGGGAAUUCUAGAGGUUAAUGAUGAUACUAAUUCUGUUUUCAAUUAUAUUACUGGUUUAAACAAUUACAAUACUACAAACAAAGAUAUUGAUUCUGGGUACAUUGAGAAGCUAUUAACUUUAUUCAAUUUAAAUCAUUUACUGAAAAAAUGGAUUAAUUCAUUAAGUAAUGGACAAUUAAGAAGAGCCAGAAUUGCCAAGUCAUUAAUGUCGAAACCAAAAAUGUUGGUUAUUGAUGAUCCAUUUUUAGGACUAGAUCCAUCUAAUACAGAUAAAGUUAGUGAUGCUCUCAGUAAGGUGAAUGAUCAUUUGAAUAUUGCAAUUGUUUUGGGACUAAGAGUACAAGAUGAUGUACCCAAAUGGAUCAAGAAUGUAGCUUAUGUUGACGAGGAAGGAUUAAAGGACUAUAAGGGUAAAAAAGAAAUCACCACGAACAAACCCACAAAAUUAUCACCAAUCGAUAAUAACAGCCAUAAAAAACCAAUACAUAUUGAAUUUACAAACGCAAGAGUAGCAUACAAGGAUUUGGUGAUAUUCCAUGAUUUUGAUUGGAAAAUACCCAAAGGAACUAAAUGGAGAAUUGUGGGAGAUAAUGGAACAGGAAAGACAACUUUAUUAUCAUUAAUAACAGCAGAUCAUCCACAAAGUUGGAAAUCAGUACUUAAAAUUAACGAUAAAGUUAGAAAAACAGGGUCAGGUAUUACAUUUUUCGAUGUAAAUAAUCAAAUCGGUAUGUCUUCACCUGAAUUACAUGCGUUAGUUCCUCAACAUAAUAAAACAAUGUUGGAUAUUAUAUAUAAUGGAUUAGUUCCUAAUAUUGGGAAUUCAAAUUAUAUUUUUAAACCGAAUGAGAAAAUUGAUAAGUUGGGCAUACUUGAUAAAUUUAAAGAUAGAAUAUUAGCAAAUGGUAAUACAGAAUUUGUAAAUUUAAACAUGACAGAUCAAAAACUAGCAUUAUUUUUAAGGGCAUUAAUCAAAAAUCCUGAAAUUUUAAUACUAGAUGAAGCAUUUUCUUGUAUGGAAGAUUCAGAUGUAAUGGAAAGAUGUCAUAAAUUAUUGUUAGAUGAUAAAUUUAAAGACUUAACUAUUUUAUCUAUUGGUCAUAUUGAUUGGGAAUUACCUAAAUAUGAUUAUAUGAUUAAAUUAGUUGGUGAUGAAGAUAGAAAUUAUGAAAUUUAUAAAGUAGAUUAA